AUGGCCGAGCCGCCGCUCUACCCGGUGGCGGGCGCCGCGGGGCCGCAGGGCGAGGAGGACCGGCUCGGGCUCCCGGACGGGACGGAGGCCCCGCUGGACGAGCUGGUGGGCGCCUACCCCAACUACAACGAGGAGGAGGAGGAGCGCCGCUACUACCGCCGCAAGCGCCUGGGCGUGCUCACCAACGUGCUGGCCGCCAGCGCCGGGGGGCUGCUCACCUACGCCGUCUACCUGGGCCUCCUGCAGAUGCAGCUGAUCCUGCACUAUGACGAGACCUACCGGGAGGUCAAGUACGGCAACAUGGGGCUGCCCGACAUCGACAGCAAGAUGCUCAUCGGCAUCAACGUGACGCCCAUCGCCGCGCUGCUCUACACGCCCGUGCUCAUCAGGUUUUUUGGCACCAAGUGGAUGAUGUUUCUGGGCGUGGGCAUCUAUGCCCUCUUUGUCUCCACCAACUACUGGGAGCGCUACUACACCCUGGUGCCCUCGGCCGUGGCGCUGGGCAUGGCCAUCGUGCCCCUCUGGGCCUCCAUGGGCAACUACAUCACCAGGAUGGCCCAGAAGUACUACGAGUACGCCCACUACAAGGAGCGUGACGAGCAGGGCCCGCAGCAGCGCCCCCCUCGGGGCUCCCAUGCGCCCUACCUCCUCGUCUUCCAGGCCAUCUUCUACAGCUUCUUCCACCUGAGCUUUGCCGGUGCCCAGCUGCCCAUGAUCUACUUCCUGAACCACUACCUGUACGACCUGAACCACACGCUGAACAACGUGCACAGCUGCGGCACCGACAGCCAGGGCAUCCUCACCGGCUUCAACAAGACGGUGCUCAAGACGCUGCCGCGCAGCCGCAACCUCAUCGUGGUGGAGAGCGUGCUCAUGGCCGUGGCCUUCGCGGCCAUGCUGCUGGUGCUGGGCCUGUGCGGGGCCGCCUACCGGCCCACGGAGGAAAUCGACCUGCGCAGCGUGGGCUGGGGCAACAUCUUCCAGCUGCCCUUCAAGCACGUGCGCGACUUCCGCCUGCGCCACCUCGUGCCCUUCUUCGUGUACAGCGGCUUCGAGGUGCUGUUCGCCUGCACGGGGCUCGCGCUGGGCUACGGCGUGUGCUCCGUGGGCCUGGAGCGCCUGGCCUACCUCCUCGUGGCCUACGGCUUGGGCGCCUCCGCCGCCUCGCUCCUGGGCAUGCUGGGGCUGUGGCUGCCCCGCCAGGUGCCCCUGCUGUCGGGGGCCGGCCUGCACCUGCUGCUCACGCUCGGCCUCUUCUUCUGGGCCCCCAAACCGCGGGUCCUGCAGCACGUCUGGACCCUCUACCUCGCAGCCGUCCUCUGGGGCGUGGGCAGCGGCCUCAACAAGACCGGACUCUCCACGCUGCUGGGGAUCCUGUACGAGGACAAAGAGCGGCAGGACUUCAUCUUCACUAUCUACCACUGGUGGCAGGCCGUGGCCAUCUUCGUGGUGUACCUGGGCGCCGGGCUGCCCAUGAAGGCCAAGCUGGCGGCGCUGCUGCUGACGCUGGCGGCCGCCGUGCUGUCCUACCUGGCGAUGGAGCGGAAGCUGCGGCGCGGCGUGGCCCCGCGCCAGCCCCGCAUCCCGCGGCCGCAGCACAAGGUGCGCGGCUACCGCUACCUGGAGGAGGACAACUCGGACGAGAGCGACGGCGAGGCCGGGGGCGCGGGCGCCGAGGAGGAGCCGCCGCCCGCCGGGCCCCCGGAGCCCGCCGCCGGCCGCCGGGCCUGCCCCUUCGAGCAGGCGCAGGAGGGCGACGGGCCCGGGGGGCGGUGA